AGCUGCUUGGGAUACGGGUUGCUGCCUGAAUGACGUUUAAGAUUUUGUUGAGAACACUAUGAUGACUUUCAUUCAAAUAGCUUUAUUUUGGAAGAAGAGUCCGUCGAUGUCGUUAAUUAAUCAUCAAUAGGAAGAAAUAUCCACGUUUUAAAGACCGUUUAUUUCGCCACAGCUGAGGUGUCUUUGCCGCACAGGGUCGAGGAGCAGAAUGAGCGGGGCGGCGUUGGCCAUCGAGAUAGUCGUUGUCUUUUUUUUGGCUCUUUUCCUCCUGCACCGGUAUGGAGACUUUAAAAAGCAACAGCGUAUGGUCCUGUUCAGCACGCUGCUCGCCUGGUAUCUGUGCUUCCUCAUCGUCUUCAUUCUCCCUCUGGACGUCAGCACGACAGUAUACAGACAAUGUGUAAGCAGCCAUCAGGCUCCUACUUCAGGACCUCAGCUCCCCAACCAGACAGCAGGAAACGUGACUGUUGCACCCACUAUUAGCAUUGCAACAGUGUGUCAUAAACCAUGGAGCUACAUUCCUGAUGGGAUCAUGCCGGUUUUCUGGAGGGUUGUGUACUGGACCUCACAGUGUCUUACAUGGCUUCUCCUGCCCUUCAUGCAGUCGUAUGCCCGCUCAGGAGGCUUCUCCAUAACAGGAAAAAUUAAAACCGCUCUCAUCGAGAAUGCCAUCUACUACGGUACCUACCUGUUCAUCUUCGGCUCGCUGCUCAUCUACGUAGCUAUACAUCCUCAGUGGAGUCUGUCCUGGUACGAGCUGCAGACGAUCGGCAUCACAGCAGCGAACACGUGGGGUCUGUUUCUGUUGGUGCUGCUGAUGGGCUACGGCUUGGUGGAAAUCCCUCGCUCUUACUGGGAAGCUUCUAAACAAGGACACCUGCUCAUCAAGACUUACUUCAAAGCAGCUAAGCUGAUGACGGAGAAAGCAGAUGCAGAGGAGAACCUGGAGGAUGUUAUGGAGGAGGUGAGAAAAGUGAACGAGUCCAUCAAGUACAACCACCCCUUCAGAAAGUAUGUUGAUACGAUCCUUAGAAAGUGCCCUGUUGAAUAUCAGGAGAAGAUGGGCAGAAAUAUGGACGACUAUGAAGAUUUUGAUGAUAAACAGAACACUUAUCCCAGCGAAAGGAGUUUGGUGAAGCUUCACAAACAGGUGAUAUACGCUGUGCAGAGACACAAUCGGACACAGGUACAGUGGCAGAUUCUGCUUGAUCAAGCCUUUCACCUGGAGGACGUUGCGAAAAACGAGACCAGCUCAUCUCACCAGUUUGUCCACAGCUUUGCGCCAGCAGAACCUGCAAACUGGUUUACCCGCUACAUCUACACACCUACAGUAGAGUGGUAUUGGGAAUGUUUCCUGAAGCAGUGGUUUUAUCGCGUGCUGGCCGUGAUCCUGUCCCUCUUCUCUGUGGCUGUGGUCUGGUCAGAGUGCACUUUCUUCAGCACUCAUCCUGUCCUCUCUCUCUUCGCUGUAUUUAUUCAGCUUGCAGAACGAGAUUACAACUACCUGUACAUCGAGAUGGCAUGUUUCAUCACAAUCUUCUUCCUGUGCACUUGUGUGUACUCCACUGUGUUUCGGAUCCGUGUCUUCAACUACUACUACCUGGCCUCACACCAUCAAACUGACGCCUACAGUCUUCAGUUCAGUGGCAUGCUUUUUUGCCGUUUGACCCCACCCCUGUGUUUGAACUUCCUUGGUCUCAUCCACAUGGACUCGGCUAUCUCUCACCAGGCAAGAGAGCAGACGGCCUACACUUCAAUAAUGGGGUCGAUGCGUGUCCUCUCCUUUAUCGCCAACGGAUUUUACAUUUAUUAUCCCAUGCUGAUUGUCAUCCUCUGCAUUGCCACAUACUUCAGCCUCGGUACCCGCUGUCUGAACCUCCUGGGCUUCCAGCAGUUUAUGGGAGAUAAUGAGCUGACCUCUGACCUGAUCGAUGAGGGCAGGGAGUUACUGCGCAGGGAGCGAAGAAAACGACAAAGAAUAGAAGACGGGGAAAACAGAAGAAGAGAGUGGCGUGAGCGCUACAGCCAUCAGAGAGACGAAGCCGGAGCCAGAAACAGGGUCUCUGCCUCUGAAAUGAAGGAAACCAAUUACGCAGACACAGUCAGCUCCAACUCUAACAGACAGGCUAAAUACUCUCGUGGUGGGGGCCCACGGUCCGAGAGAGACCGCAUAGAGCUCCUGCAGGAUGCAGAGCCUCUAGACUUUAAUGCAGAAACAGUCAAUGAGGACUCGAUGGAGUCCAACAGGCAUGCAGGAGGACGUUAUCUCUCCAUGUCCUCCUCACAGAGCAGAAUCUUUGAUGACGUGUGAGCAUACUUUGGCAGAAGAAGGGCAGAAAGGCAGCUGGAGUCAUCUUCUGCUCAAUCUAACAUUGCGUAAGGAGUAAUUAUUGGACUUUGGGUCCUUUGUGAAUGUACAAUGUUACAUUAGCUGUGAAUGCACAACAGUAAUGGAUACUCAUGUUGUAUCCUUGAAUGAAGAGUUUAUAUCUACUAAAAAUGCUAUUCCAAUCCUGUUUAAAUGCUCCCUCACUGACUCCCUCACCUGAUCUUUUCCCCUUGAAUGAUUGUUAAUGGUCCUUCUCUUGCUUAUUUAUUAUUAUUAUUAUUAUUAUUAUUAUUAUUAUACCUAAGAAGCUGGAGCUUACCCAAAAGGCAUUGCUAUCUGACCGUUUCAGUGAAGCAAAAAAAAAAAAAAAAAAAUCUUUAAACAUAAAAGUAACCAGGCGCAAUGAAAUCAUUCAUGUUUUAUAUUUGAUUAUUACUUGACAUUGUGAUGUUACUGUCUGCUAGUUAGCUUGGUAGCUAGUUAGCUCUGUAUAUAGUUCAAAGCAAAUUGCAAAUAGCUACAGAAAUCAUUUGCAAAACAUCUGAUUUGUUAGAUCUUGGUGCAAAUUUAAAGUGAUGCGCUUAGCCUUGACCUUUCAUGGAUAGUGGAUGUUGUCGGUGAAAAUGUGCAAAAAACCAAAUAGGUGAGAAAUGGACGAAAGAACACACAGAAUACACAUAAUACAGUGUUGAUUGAAAUCACCAUGAGCUACAGUAUUAAUUCUGUGUGAACCUGUCAGAGAUUGGAUUUAGAGUGGGGUGGAAAUUGGAGGUUGCGCUUUGCCUGUUAAUACUCUUCUCCUUCUUCAAUCCCCUCCUCAUUUAAAGUCAGCAAGGUCAUUUAAAACAGUGGUGUAGUGGAAACAGUUUUCUCUUAAAUGCUGCAUGUCAAAAACUGGAUCUGUUCUGUCUUUGCACACAGAGAAGCUCUUUGUUUAGCUCAUCACUUACUGAAUGACUUGAGCAACGAGUCACCCCAGGCAUGGUGCAAUUAAUAUUGAAAUAUUUACAAGAACUUUUCUAUUCAUUGCAUUCCUUUUACCGCUAACUUCUAAAUGUACCAACAUUCUACGAAUCAGCCUUCGAACUUUACUGAAGUUUACUAAAACUAAACACUUGACCCUGGAUAAAUGUUGUUUGUUUUUAUCCCAUUUAUCCCAAGGUUUGGCUUUUUGUGCAUCCAGAGAUCU